GGACGCGGAAAGGACGCAGCUAGUCUGUCGGGUGCUUCGGCUCCCGCCUACUCGGCGGCGGUGGAGGCGAGAGCCUCUCCUCCUAGGCGAGAAGUGACCCGGUGUUCGGGAAUCCGGAUCUCGGCGCGGAGGGUGGGCACGAUGCGGCUGGGCUCCGGGACCUUCGCUGCCGGCUGCGUCGUGAUCGAGGUGCUCGGCGUCGCGCUCUUCCUCCGGGGCUUCUUCCCGACUCCCGUCUUUUCCGGAGCGGAGCGGCAAGCAGAGUCCCCGGCGCCCGAACCCUCUGCUGGAGCCAGUUCCAACUGGACCGAGCUUCCACCACCUCUCUUCAGUAAAGUUGUUAUUAUGCUGAUAGACGCCUUGAGAGAUGAUUUUGUGUUUGGGUCAAAGGGUGUGAAAUUUAUGCCCUACACAACUUAUCUUGUGGAAAAGGGAUCAUCUCUCAGUUUUGUGGCUGAAGCAAAGCCACCUACAGUUACUAUGCCUCGAAUCAAGGCGUUGCUGACAGGGAGCCUCCCUGGCUUCAUCGAUGUCGUCAGGAACCUCAAUUCUCCCACAUUGCUGGAAGACAAUGUGAUCACACGAGCCAAAGCUGCUGGGAAAAGAAUCAUCUUUUAUGGAGAUGAAACAUGGGUGAAAUUAUUCCCAAAGCAUUUUGUGGAAUACGAUGGAACAACCUCUUUUUUUGUAUCAGAUUAUACAGAGGUGGAUAAUAAUGUUACAAGGCAUUUGGAUAAAGUACUAAAAAGGCAGGAUUGGGAUGUGUUAAUCCUGCACUACCUCGGGCUGGACCACAUCGGCCACAUUUCUGGGCCCAACAGCCCCCUGAUUGGGCACAAGCUCAGUGAGAUGGACAGCAUCCUGAUGAAGAUCCACACCUCACUGCUGUCAGAGGAGAGAGAUACUCUGUUGCCCAGUCUGCUGGUUCUCUGUGGUGAUCAUGGCAUGUCUGAAGCUGGAGGUCAUGGAGCCUCUUCCAUGGAGGAAGUAAACACUGCUCUGGUCUUAAUUAGCUCUGCAUUUGAAAGGAAACCUGGUGAUGUCAGACAUCCAACGCAUGUUCAACAGACUGAUUUGGCUGCAACACUCUCAAUAGGACUGGGUCUGCCAAUUCCGAAGAGCAAUAUUGGCAGUCUUAUGUUCCCAGUUCUAGAAGGAAGACCGAUGCGGGAACAGCUGAGGCUUUUACAUUUAAAUACAGUACAGCUUAGCAAGUUGUUGCAGGAGAAUGUCCCAUCAUAUGAAAAAGAGCCUGGAUUUGAGCAGUUUAAAGUGUCGGAAAGAUCGCACGGGAACUGGAUCAGAUUGUACUUGGAGGAGAAUAACUCAGAAGUCCUUUUCAACCUGGGAGCCAGGGUUCGCAGGCAGUACUUGGACGCACUGAGGACACUGAGGCUGUCGCUGAGCAAACGAGCGGCCCAGUACGACAUAUACUCCAUGGCGGCGGGGACCAUCAUGGUCCUGGAGGUCCUCGCCCUGCUCCUGCUCAGUGUCCCGCAGGCGCUGGGCAGCAGGGCUGAGCUGGACGUGCCCCUGCUGUCGCCCGUGUGCUCGCUGCUCUUCUGCCUGCUGCUCCUGGCCCUCGCGGCGCUGCACGUCGCCGUGUGCACGGCGGCCGACAGCUCGUGCUACCUCUGCAGCCUCCCGUGGCCGGCUGCGGGCGGCGUGAUGGCGCUGACGGCCGCGCUGCUCUGCGCGGUCGUGUCUGCUCUCACCAGGACUUUUGCCGGCGGAAAGUGUCUGAGUCAGAAUCCACCUCAGUCCACCUCAAGGUGGUCAGAGUUAGAUCUUCUCAGCUUCUUGGGAACCGUGGGCCAUGUGUUGAGUCUGGGCGCAAGCAGCUUCAUCGAAGAGGAGCACCAGACCUGGUAUUUCCUCAUCAACACGCUGUGUUUAGCUCUGUGCCACCAGAUCUACAGAAACUGCUUUCUGGGAGACGACUGUGCCCCUCAGCGUUGCCCACACAUGGGAGAGGAGUUUGACGGGGUCACGGUGGCCCUGCAGGGCAAGCGUGCUGGCCGUGAGGGGUGGGAGCUCAGCCGAGCGCCCGCGGACCCCUCCUCCCUGGAAGCCCUCAGAGGCCCUGAGUGGUGGAUGGUGCUGGCGAGCCCCUGGCUGGUCCUGGCCUGCUGCCGGCUGCUGCGGCCCCUGAACCAGACCGGUGUUCAGUGGGCCCACCGGCCCGACCUGGGGCACUGGCUCGCCAGCUCUGAUCAUAAGGCUGAACUCUCCGUUCUGGCUGUACUUUCCCUCGCCAUGAUUUUUGUGUUGGUUCAGAAGAGGUGCUCCCUCACAUCAAAAGUGGCCAUGGCGUUUGGCCUGCUGGGCAUCUAUUGCUACCGGGCGGCCAUUGGAAAUGUGCUGUUCCCAUGGAAACAAGACAACAAAGAUGUUUCAAAGGGCAUUACUGAGGCUCGUUUUGUUUAUGUCUUUGUCCUUGGCAUUCUGUUCACGGGCACCAAAGACUUGCUUAAAUCUCAAAUCAUUGCUGCAGACUUCACGGCCAGGACUGUGGGCCUUUGGGAGAUAUACAGUGGUUUAGUUCUCCUGGCAGCGCUGCUCCUCAGACCCCACAAUCUUCCUGUCUUGGUGCUGAGCCUCGCGAUCCAGACCAUCAUGACUCAGUUCAUCUGGAGGCCCCUGAGGCACAACAUAACUGAGGUCACUGUGAUGCAUUACUGGUUUGGUCAAGCAUUCUUCUAUUUUCAGGUGGCCGAAGUAUUGGAGCUUCAGCUUCAACAUCAAUCCUUCCAAUGAACAUCCAGGACUGAUUUCCUUUAGGAUUAACUGGUUGGAUCUCCUUGAAGUCCAAAGGACUCUCAAGAAUCUUCUCCAACACCACAGCUCAAAAGCAUCAAUUCUUCAGUGCUCAGCUUUCUUUAUGGUCCAACUCUCACAUCCAUACAUGACUACAGGAAAAACCAUUGCUUUGACUAGAUGACCUUUGUUGGUAAAGUAAUGUCUCUGCUUUUUAAUAUGCUGUCUUGGUUGGUCAUAGAUUUUCCUCCAAGAAGUGAGCAUCUUUUAAUUUUAUGGCUGCAGUCACCAUCUGCAAACCCAAGAAAAUAAAGUCUGUCACUGUUUCCAUUAUUUCCCCAUAGAUUUGCCAUGAUGGACAAGAUACCAUAAUCUUCUUUUUUUGAAUAUUGAGUUUUAAAUAAGAUACAGUUUUCAGGAAGAAAGAUUUUUCUUUAAAAAAUCAAUAGUAACAAUAAAUUAUGUACUUAGAAAAAAAAUAUGAAUGUGAAACCACAUGUAAUCUUGACCACCAGGGGAAAAAAAACUUGAAAUUUUUGUGUAACUCUAUAGAUACAACUAUUUACAAACACCAAAUAAAGAUUAAAUUUGUAUUAAGUAGCUUCAAAUCUGGUUUUUAUAUGAGCAUUUUUCUUUUCAUUUAAGUUACAAUGGUUACAUAAUAUUCCACUAUUUGAAAUAUGCUAUGAUUUUUUUAAACCAUCUUCUACUGUAGUACAUUUAAUCUUCCUAAGGUGAAAGAGGAGAGUGAAAAAGUAGACUUAAAACUCAACAUUCAGAAAACUAAGAUCACGGCACUUUAUGGCAAAUAGAUGGGGAAACAAUGGAAAUAGUGACAGACUAUUUUCUUGGGCUCCAAAAUCACUGCAGAUGGUGACUGUAGCCAUGAAAUUAAAAGACUCUUGCUCCUAAAAAAAGCUAUGACGAACCUAGACAGCAUAUUAAAAAGCAGAGACAUUACUUUACUAACAGAGGUUUGUCUAGUCAAAGCUAUGGUUUUGAUGUACUGAUGUGAGAGUUGUUGUGUAUUCAUGUAUGGAUGUGAGAGUUGGACUAUAAAGAAAGCUGAGCGCCGAAGAAUUGAUGCUUUUGAACUGUCGUGUUGGAGAAGACUCUUGAGAGUCCCUUGGACUGCAAGGAGAUCAAACCAGUCAAUCCUAAAGGAAAUCAAUCCUGAAUAUUCAUUGGAAGGAUUGAUGUUGAAGCUGAAACUCCAAUACUUUGGCCACCUGAUGCAAAGAACUGACUUAUUGGAAAAGACCCUGAUGCUGGGAAAGAUUGAAGGCAGGAGGAGAAGGGGACGACAGAGGAUGAGAUGGUUGGAUGGCAUCACCGACUCAAUGGACACGAGUUUGAGCAAGCUCUGGGAGUUGGUGAAGGACAGGGAGGCCUAGCGUGCUGCAGUCCAUGGGGUUGCAAAGAGUCAGACACAACUGAGCAACUGAACUCAACUGAACUGAACUGAAUAUUUCAUCAGUUUUAAGGACUGAUGUUCUAUGACUAACAUUCUGAUACAUAUUUGUCUUUAUUUCUAAUUUAUCCUUAGGCUGUAUACCUAGAAGCAGAUAAAUACCUAGGUUAAGAAUUAUUAGAUCUUUUACUAUCUUUGUUACGAAUUGGCAAAAAUGUUUUCCAGAAAUGUUAUACCAAUGUAAAUUCUCAUCAGGUAUAUUUUAAGAGCACCUCUGAGACCAUGAGUUUGUUUGUUUUUCAGAAUCUUGUAUAAGACAUUAAAACAUCUUAUAAGUCAAAAAGUGUAUAGUUUUCCUAAACAAUCUUUCCUCCAACUGACUGUUUUUAACAUUAUUCUUUGUACCAUUUUGUUCAGGAUAUAUGGGCUGCACAGAUAAGAUGAAUGUUUUCUAGAACAGUAAUCUUAUAAAAGCUAUGAUGUGGUCAUCACAGGGUGUAUCCUAUGCCCUUUUUUUGCUUAUGCGUGUGUGCACAGUCGUGUCUGAUUCUUUGCAACCCCAUGGACUGCAGCCUACCAGGCUCCUCUGUCGAUGGCAAGAAUACUGGAACGGGCUUCCAUUUCCUCCUCUUUGCUUAUAUCAUCCUGUUUUUUCUUUUCUUUUGGAAAAGCAUAUCAUAUCUUCCCUUAGGCACAGGAUAUACAGGGUAUGACCAAGGCUGGUUAUUCCAAUAUGGUCAUAUGACUUUACUGGAACAGUCAUAGUGUUUCCUAAGAGCUAAGAGGGAGUCCAGGAAGUCAUUCUGACUAUCACAAGAAGAGCCCCUGCCUGCAGAUUGAAAUUAAGUAGAGACAAGCAAAAGAAUACAGGAGAACCCUAAUGACAAUUUUUGAUUGCCAGGAUGCAGCUAUUAUCUGAAGUUGGCUCUGUUCCAAGAAUUCUAAGUUUCAUGAGACAGUAGUUACUAUUUAGUUCAAAUAGGUUAUAGACUUUUGAUACCUUCAAACCAAAAAAACAAACAAACAAACAAACAAAAACCCUUAUUUGAAUAUACAACUCCAAACUAUCCCACAGAGCUAUAGGAGAUAUAAAAUCUUAGGCCAAGUCAGAACCACAUUGAGUAGAAUGAAGUUUAUGGGGUUGGUGGAGGAAUUUAUCAGUUUGAUCAGAACUACAUAUCUAAGGAAUGGAACAAAUUAUCAGGUUAAAUAAAAUGAAAUGUUAUGUUAUGCUCUAUAAAUAGAUUUUCCAAAGAUUUUCAGCUUUCCUAUAGGAAAAGGAAAAGUGACGGCAGAGGAUGAGAUGGUUAAACAGCAUCACCCACUCAAUGGACAUGAUUCUGAGCAAACUCCAGGAGAUGGUGAAGGACAGGGGAGCCUGGAGUGCUGCAAUCCAUGAGGUCCCAAAGAGUCAAACACGACUGAGUGACUGAAGAACAGCAACCAAAGGAAAGAAUCCGAGUUCAUCAGUGUAAAUGGUCAUCUCUGCCUAUGGGGUUAAAAUCAGAUGGUCCUAGAUCUUUUUUUCUUUUUUGGCUAAAAACCUCAAAAGAAAGGAAAAUGGACACAAUGGUGUUGAGUACAGAUGAGUGAAAGAACUGGUUUGAUUCACAGCUUUUUUUGAAGAUCAAUGAAGAAAAUUUUAUGCUAUGAUUCCAUCAAACUCAGCACUGCAUUGUAUUACUGGGCUAAAACUCUCUGUAAACCUGCAAAUAUAUGGCGGUUGGUGUAGUCGCUAAGUCAUGUUGGACUCCUGGUGACCCUGGACUGCAGCCCAGCAGGCUCUCCAUCAGCAGGAUUUCCUAGGCAAGAAUAUUGGCGUGGGUUGCCACUUUCUUCUCCAGGGAACCUUCCCAACCCAGGGACAAACCUGUAUCUUCUGCAUUGCAGGUGGAUUCUUUACCGCUGAACCACCAGGGAAGCCCAUCUAGUCAUUUGAAGCACUAAAUAAUCAUUUGCUAUUAUGAUAAGGAAUGGUUGAAUAUUCGUUGCUAGGGAGAAAGGUGGACACUAUAAGAAUAAAAGGAACAAUUAUCUGGAAACAUAAAAUGUCAAAAAUCAUUUCAUUCAAUUUCAUUGCUUCAAAAUAUAUGAAAUUUAAAAUGGACAGAAUGACGGUACUCGUUCAGCAAUCCAUACAAAUGGGGGCAGAGUUUCAUGCAGCUUCUCAGUAAAUGAUAGAUCAGAAACUGCUACGGACUGAAUGUUUGUGCUCCCCAAAAUUCAUAUACUGAAGGCUAACUCUCAAGGGGAUGGUAUUUGGAAGUGGGGCCCAUGGCAUGUAAUUAGGGCACGGGGAUGGCGCCUUCAUGAAUGGGAUCAGUGCCCUUACAAAACAGACCUCAGAGAGCUCUCUUGCUCCCCUCUGCCACAGUGAGAAGAUAGUCACCUAUGGACCGGAAAGCAGGCCCUCACCAAACUUCAAACCUGCCAGCCUGGAUCGUGAGAUUCCCACCUCCACAACUGUGAGAAAUGAAUUUCUGUUGUUUAUAAGCCACCCAGUAUUUUUGUUGAAGCAACCUGGCUUAAGACAGAGGACAAUAUUUUAAAAUUAUAAAAAACUUUUGAAUAUAUACAUAUAUAUAUAUAUGUGUGUGUGUGUACAUAUAUGUGAGCUUCCCUGGUAGCUCAGCUGAUAAAGAAUCCGCCUGCAAUGAAGGAGAACCCAGUUUGAUUCCUGGGUUGGGAAGAUUCCCUGACGAAGGGAUAAGCUACCCAAUCCAGUAUUCUUGGGCUUCCCUGGUGGCUCAGUAAUCUCCCUGCAAUGCGGGAGGCCGGAGUUUGACCCCUGGGUUGGGAAGAUCCCCUGGGCAUGGCAAUUCACUCCAGUAUUCUUGCUUGGAGAAUCCCACAGACAGAGGAGCCUGGUCGGCUACAGUCUGUGGAGUUGCAAAGAGUUGGACAUGACUGAGCAACUAAGCAUAUAUAUAUAUAUAUAUAUAUAUAUAUAUAUAUUUCUAUUAGAAUAUAGAAUAUAUAUAUAUAGAAUAUAUAUUAUAUAUAUAUUAGAAUAUAUAUUUCUAUUAGAAUUAAAAUACUGUUUACAAUUACUUGCUAUCAAUCUAGUUGGCUAGAAUUAUGUACAUCUAUUUAUCAAUUUGGAGAUUGUUUUAUCUCAAGUAAAAUAAAAUAAUAUUACUAAAAUUGCUUUUGGAGGUUGGUUGAAGUGAACAAUACAACAUAAUUUGAAAAUGAAAUACAGAGGCUGUCUGAUGCAAGUUCAUGCAAACUGACUUAGAGUUUUAUUUUGAAUAUUAGAAAACAGACUUAAAUUGGGAAGUUACAGAGCUUUCUACGAACAAUUGUGUAUGAAAGUGAAAGCCACGUCCAACUCUUUGCGACCCCACGGACUAUACAGUCUACGGAAUUCUCUAGGCCAGAAUACUGGAGUGGGUAGGCUUUUCCUUUUCCAGGGGAUCUUCCCGACCCAGGAAUCGAACCAGGAUCUCCUGAAUUGCAGGGGGAUUCUUUACCAACUGAGCUAUGACAGAAGCCCCAGUUGUGUAUAGGUACAUCAAUUUAUUGUUGUUAAUCUUUGAAAAAUGAAUAUGAGGCUUAAGUCUGGUGAUUGCACAUACCAGAUUUGAAAUUGAGAGAACAGCAUCAAAACAUGUGUAUUAUCAAGUGUGAAACAGAUCACCAGUCCAGGUUGGAUGCAUGAGACAUGUGCUCGGGGCUGGUGCACUGGGAUGACCCAGAGGGAUGGGAUGGAGAGGCAGCGGGGAGGGGGGAUCAGGAUGGGGGAACACAUGUAAAUCCAUGGCUGAUUCAUGUCAAUGUAUGGCAAAAACCACUACAAUAUUGUAAAGUAAUUAGCCUCCAACUAAUAAAAAUAAAUGGAAAAAAAAUUGAUAAUUGUAAGGGUGAAGUGAAGUUGCUCAGUCGUGUCCGACUCUUUGCAACCCUGUGGACUGUAGCCUACCAGGCUCCUCCAUCCAUGAGAUUCUCCAGCCAAGGAUACUGGAGCAGGUAGCCAUUCCCUUCUCCAGGGAUCUUCCCAACCCAGGGAUCAAGCCCAGAUCUCCCGCAUUGCGGGCAGACGCUUUACGGUCUGAGCCACCAGGGAAGCCCAAUUGUAAGGGUAUCUACUCUAAAAGCUUUACCUCAACACUUGGCGUAGUCUCCACUGGAUUGCUGCUUGUUAAUAUCAGUCUCACUUCACAAUGCUUAGGAACCUAUGUCCUAAGGGCGAUUUCCUUUUGGUUUAAUCCCAUUUAUUUUUCUAACUUACAUGUUGACAAAAUACUAUAAAUUGACUUAUUUAUACUUUGUAUAAAAUGAAAGCAAUAGCAUUUGUUCCUUUCUUUGUUCCCAUAGUGUAUAAAUAAAGUGAUAAUAUGAAGGUUCCUACAAGUAUGUCCAAAAGCAAAUUGAUAAAACAUCCCCAAAUACAAAAAUAAUUCCCAUUUAAAAUAGUAAACAUAAAUUGCAAAAUCAUCCAUCAUUUAACAAAUAUUAAUUUGGCACUUUCUCUAUCUCAGACACUAUGAUCAAUGACAAAAAUGAAGAAGGAAGGGUCCCUUUUUCCCAAAAUUUUACCACCUAAUAAAGGAUAUGAAUAAAUAUAAAAGGGUAAAUUCUGUAUGUAUGAAGAGGCUCUCAAAAUAUAAUGGUCAGCUUAAUCUGACGUUAUCAAGAAGUAACUUGGUAAGAUUUGAUGUUUAAACAGAAUCUUGAAGAAUUAUUCUUCAAGCUCAUUCACUUAAAAAAUGAAGAGAAAUGCUGUAUCAGACACAGUGACAUAUAAUGGGAAUGUGUUCAUGUGGUACUUUAUGGCUACACAUUGAAUGUAUGAGUUUCAAUUAUGUAUAUAAAUCACUACUCUGAUGCAAGAGAAAUACAGCUCAAGUGAACUUAAACAUAUAAGAAAAAUCUGAACUGCAGAAAGUCAACAGUAAUCUUUAGGGCAACGGGAUCCAGAGACACAACUUCUGUUAGUACUGUUUCUCCAUCUUUGUCUCUAAUCUCUUCUUUGUUUUGCAUCUUAUCGUUUGUUCUUUUUCACUCUGCCGGGAUCUCUCUACAGGGUGAAGAACAUGAACACAGGGAGUUAGAGUCCCACAUGCUGAUAACUCCAUCAAGAGAGAAGAAAGAUUUUUCUCUUCCAGCUGCAGAAUGAGAACCUCCAGGGAAGGAGUAAUAAUAAAAUAGGUCCAGUCUGAGUCUUAAAAAAGGAAGCAAAUAUAAUAGCUCCAAACAUGAUUACAGGUAAGGUAGGUCAUAGUCGGAUUAUUGAGAAUGGUUUAAGCUAUGCAACACUUGGAUUUCACCCAUUAUCUUAAAGGGGAUCAGUGAAGGGCUUCCAAUAGAAGAGUAAUAUAUCUGGUUUCUAUUCUUAAAGCACAAAGAAUGAUGGGGUAACAGGAGAGGGUAGGGUGGCAGGAAAUGGUUGCCUUGAUCUACAUGCGAGAUGAUAAUGGUUUGCAUCAGAAUAACAGCAGUGGAAAUUUAGGAGAAAUUGAGUAAAUGGGACUAGUACUCACUAGUCAUAUGUGUGUGGGAAGGAAAACUGUACGGAAUGACUAGAAGACUUCUGGUUUGAGUGCUAGGUACAUGAUGGUACUGUUAACCAAAAUGAGACAAAGAGGAAAGAGACAAAUUCAGCCUGAACAAAUGGAAGAUUAAGUGAGAUAUCGAGGUGAUGUCUAUCAGCAUCUUGGUUAUCUAAGACUAUAGAGAAGACUAUAGUCAUCCAAGCUGGGAAUAUAAAGUUGGGGAAUAUUCAUAUAGACAUGGUAGUCAAAGUCAUAGAGAAGACUGAGGUGGCCAGGAGAAUAUGUAAGGCGAGAAAAGAGAACAAAAUGCAAUUGUCCCUUGAAAUUCUCGGGGACUCAUUCCAGGACCCCAUACAGAUGCUCAAACUCAUCAUACAAAACCAUGUGGUAUUUGCAUAUAACCUACACAUAUCCUCCCAUAUACUUAAACUUAUCUCUAGAUUACUUAUUAAUAUAAUGCCUAAUACAAUGUAGAUGCUAUGCAAAUAGUUGUAAACACAGGGUAAAUUUUGAAAUAAAUAGUAAAUAGUAAAUUCUGAAAUAAAAAAAAAAAUAAAUAGUUCCUGGUGCAGGGCAAAUUCAAGUUUUGCUUUCAGAAACUUUCUUGAUUUUUUAAAAAAUAUUUUUGGUCUAUGUUUGGUUGAAUCUGCAGUUGUGAAAAUGAGAAUAUAAGAAGCAUAUUGCAUAGAACUCUAUAGACUUAAUGCAUGACUGUUGACUUUGUAAACUGCCUGUUUGACUGAACUAUAUUCCCAUUAUCUUUUUGGUACAUUUCCAGUUGAAGUGGGCUAGUGAUUCUCUUACUAGACAUAAUGAGGCAGAAAGGAGCUGCCUUUCUAGAUAUAGGGCAUAUAUCUAGAUGCCUUAUAUGCCUAGAUAUAAGGAGGCAGAAAGGACAGCUAUUUUGUUUUGUUGUCUAAUAUGUGGAGAAUGUUCAAUGUGUCCAUGAGAAUAUCUAUUCUGCUCUUGUUGGUUGAGAUAUUCUGUAUAUGUCUAUUAGGUUCAACAGUCUAUAGCGUUGUUAAAGUCCUCUGUUCACUUGCUGAUCUUCUGUUGGAUUGAUCUAUCCAUUACUAAAAGUAAUGCAAUUCAUGGGGUCACAAAGAGUCAGACACGACUGAGUGACUGAACUGAAUUGAACUGAACCACCAUUUAAUUCAGCAAAUGCUUGUUAAGUGUCUAGGAGGCUAUUCUCUGUCUGAUCAAGCCAUUAAUAAGCAGAAUUGUUCAGAGUUAUGAAAUGCUGACACAGUGGAUAUUUUUGUUAUAUUCCUAAAUGUAUAAGCCAGAUUUGUGAAUCUGAUUCUUGGUCCAAUGGGAUGUAUGGCCACAACCUUAUUUAAAAAGAUGUUCCAAUUUCGGAAAGAGGCAGCCAGAGCACAUGGCCUGAUUGCCUAGGUAAGUAGGUGGUACUCGGCUGCUGUAGUCUCUGAACAUGCUGUGGCCUCCCACUCCACGGAGAGGGAACAUCACCCAGAGUGUUGCCUCUCCAGGGAGGGUCGGACCAGCCUCUGAUAGCUCCAGCACCUCGCACAGACAGCGUGUGCCAUUUCCAGCAUCCCUGGUGUGUAAUUGAGAAUCUCACUCUGUUCUUCCUGAAUGACAAAUCAGGCUUUACAAAGGGAAAAAAGUACUGAAAAUGAACACUAUAUUGGCAGCCUCAUAGCAAUGACAUCAAAAUGUUUGCUCGAAUCUUUAGAAAAACAACAAGGCAGAAAAGGGCAGUAGAGCUUCUCUACCAUCUGAGAUCGUUAAUUCAGUGUCUGCCAUAACAAGGUGCUUGCUAAUACAUCUCAGGGCUGACCUGACUUCCUCUGUGUGGGUACCAGCAGGAUCAGCUAUCCAUCUCAGUUAUUGUUUGGGGCGGGGGGGGAAUACUUAGACACUCUUUUCUUUUGAUCUUUAGCUUGUUUAUUAAUGUAAGUAAAUAUA